AUCCAUUCUGCCGUUUGGUAAAUCCUCCUUUAACUCAGAAAGCUGAUUGGCUUGGAAUUCCCUGGACUUGCAGGCAUGGUGUGUAACUGAUGAGGGACAGAGAGAAAGAGAGAGGACACAGUGAUGGAAUACUGAGCGAACGAGAGAGAGAGAGGAAACAGUGAUUUCAGAAGAGAGAGACACACACACACAGAGGGAGAGAGGUACAGCUGGCUGGACAGACAAAAGGAAAUGAGAUGAGAGCUGUAUUUACAGAGAGGACACACUGAGGAUUGUACGGCAGCCCCAGAUACUGUCUUUUCGUCAGCCCCAAGCUCUGGGAUAACACUUAUUUUAUUUUCUUUUGGAUGGGGCUCCGUAUAAUGUCACCGCCAAUUAAAGAGCUGGCCUGUUUCUCCCCUGUACUGUGUCAGUGCAAGGUGGUGUGUACCAACAAGACUCUGUCCCUCAUGUUUGGCUGUAAGAAAUAUCGGUACCAAGAUGAAGACACCCCACCCCUGGAGCACAGCCCAGCACACCUUCCCAAUCAGAUGAAGGGGCCAGAGCUCGUCCAUGUUUCGGAGAAGAACUUGUCACAAAUCGAGAAUGUCCAUGGCUACGUGUCCCACUCGCACAUCUCCCCGAUGAAGCAGAUGGACCCGGCUGAGCUCUGUAUCUCGGCAAACUCACCUCCAGUGAUCGUGAACACCGACACCUUGGAUGCACCCCCUUAUAUCAAUGGUACAGAUGGAGAGAUCGAAUAUGAGGAGAUCACGCUGGAGAGGGGGAACUCUGGUCUUGGAUUCAGCAUUGCAGGAGGCACGGACAACCCACACAUUGGAGACGACCCCAGUAUCUUCAUCACCAAAAUAAUCCCUGGUGGGGCAGCAGCUCAAGAUGGCAGACUCAGGGUGAAUGAUAGCAUCCUGUUUGUGAAUGAUGUGGACGUCCGGGAGGUGACCCAUAGCACAGCUGUGGAAGCCCUGAAGGACGCUGGCUCCAUCGUCCGGCUCUACGUCAUGCGCAGGAAGCCGACAGCUGAGAAGAUCGUGGAGAUCAAACUCAUCAAAGGACCCAAAGGGCUUGGAUUCAGCAUUGCUGGAGGGAUCGGGAAUCAACACAUUCCAGGGGACAACAGCAUAUAUGUCACAAAGAUCAUCGAGGGUGGUGCAGCGCACAAGGACGGCCGUCUACAGAUAGGAGACAAGAUCCUGGCGGUAAACAAUGUGGGGUUGGAGGAUGUGAUGCAUGAAGAUGCAGUGGCCGCCUUGAAGAACACGUCAGACAUUGUGUACCUCAAGAUCGCCAAACCCACCAGUCUCUACAUCAAUGACACCUAUGCUCCUCCUGAUAUCACAACCUCCUACUCCCAGCCCCUGGACACCGAGCUUGGACACUCAAACUACCUGGGCACAGACUACUCGCAGACCCUCACCCCCUCCUCUCCACGCCGUUACUCGCCUGUGCCUAAAGGGUUGAUGGGAGAAGACGAUAUCCCACGGGAGCCUCGGAGAGUGAUGAUCCACCGUGGCUCAACAGGCCUGGGCUUCAACAUCGUGGGCGGUGAAGACGGGGAAGGCAUCUUCAUCUCCUUCAUUCUGGCUGGUGGCCCAGCGGACCUGAGUGGGGAGCUCAGGAAGGGAGACCAGAUACUCUCGGUGAAUGGAGUGGACCUGCGGAAUGCCACUCACGAGCAGGCCGCUGCCGCGCUGAAAAAUGCAGGACAGACCGUGACCAUCAUUGCUCAGUACAAGCCAGAAGAGUACAGCCGGUUUGAGGCGAAGAUCCACGACCUGCGGGAACAGCUGAUGAACAGCAGCAUUGGCUCAGGGACCAGCUCACUGCGCAGUAACCACAAACGAGUCUUCUACAUCCGGGCCCUCUUUGAUUAUGACAAGACGAAGGACUGUGGCUUCCUCAGCCAAGCCCUCAGCUUCCACUUUGGGGACAUCCUGCAUGUCAUUGAUGCCUCAGACGAGGAGUGGUGGCAGGCCCGCAAGGUGCACUCAGAUGGAGAAAGCGAGGAGAUCGGUUUCAUCCCCAGCAAGAGGAGGGUUGAGAGGAAGGAGUGGCCGAGACUAAAGGGCAAGGAACGGGACAUUCCUGGUGUUGGAGACGUGGGUCUACAAGGGAGCCGUGACGAUCGGGUUUUGAGCUACGAGGCGGUUGUACAGAUGGAAGUGCACUAUGCUCGCCCUAUCAUCAUUCUGGGUCCCACCAAGGACAGGGUGAACGAUGACCUGCUCUCCGAAUUCCCAGACAAAUUUGGAUCCUGUGUUCCACAUACGACCCGGACCAAACGUGACUACGAGGUGGAUGGACGGGACUAUCACUUCGUAGCGUCCCGCGAGCAAAUGGAGAAGGAUAUUCAGAACCACAGGUUCAUCGAGGCAGGCCAGUACAACACACACCUGUAUGGGACCAGCGUACAGUCGGUGCGUGAGGUGGCGGAGCAGGGCAAGCACUGUAUCCUGGAUGUGUCAGCCAACGCAGUGCGGAGAUUGCAGGCAGCACAUCUUCACCCUAUCGCCAUCUUCAUCAGACCAAAAUCCCUGGAAAACAUCCUGGAGAUCAACAAACGGCUGACAGAGGAACAGGCCCGGAAGGCCUUCGAGAGGGCGGUGAAACUGCAGCAGGAUUUCACCGAGUGUUUCUCAGCUGUGGUUGAAGGCGACAGUUUCGAGGAGAUCUACGUCCGUUGCAAACACAUCAUCGAGGAGCAUUCUGGACCUUACAUAUGGGUCCCUUCCCGGGAGAGACUGUAGAACAUCCUCCCUUCACACCUCUCCCCAAUCUUCCCCACCUCCAGGCUGACCAAUCUCAUGUGUCCAUGACCUGCCCCUUCCCCACAGCUUCUGAAGCCGCUAUUGCCUCCCGCAGGAUCCGACCUCCCCCCUCUGCGCACCACGCAGCUCUUUUGUUCUGUCACUUGUUCCAUUUCCAGGAUGGAGAGUCAGGGGAAAAAAAGAUGGAAAUUUUUGUCAAAGAAUGGAAGAGGCAGACAGCCUCACGUGUGACCUAUUAGUUUCUGCUCUCUCCAUGAUGACCGCUUUGUGCAUGCUUCAUGUUAAAAGCAAGCAAACAGCAAGGAUCCGAUGAAGCAGCUUCAUCCUGCAUUGAACGAGGAGCUGCAUUUGCCUAGCCUGGGCUGUGGAUAGCACAGACUGUGGCUCGCUGUCUGGGUGACUGUAAAUAAUUUACUUAUUUAACUGAAGAACAUACACAUGCGAGUGAAAUGAAACGGCAACAAGAUCUGAAAAUUGAUUGCGUUCCAUUCUUUUCUGUUCAUCCCGUGUGCCGCCUGCCUGUGUCCCAAAGACAGAGGAAAAACCACAAACUUCAGAAAAACUAACUUUUAAGGAGCAAAUGGAUUCAGAGAGGCUUCCAUCCAAAGAGCAAGGCUCUGUGCUCUCUGGCUCACUGUCGCACCCUGUGGGAAUCGAGAUUUUCCUCUAUGCCUGUUAUGAGACAUGGCCAUUUGCCCCCUCCCCCUCCCUCUCCCCCUCCCCACCGGCCUUGGGAAGAAUGGGCCACCACUGCAUGGAGACCGUGACUGUGCUGUCCACCUGCUUCCUUCACUCUUUUUCACUGCUCUUACCCUACGACAGUUGUGUUUCGACCCUGUUUUCUUUAGUUGCUGGGACCCUCAACACCUCUGUUCCCUUCCCACUUAUCUGAUGGAACAGGCCUGACAGGCACAUGCAGAGUUAAAUGUUGAGUGGUUUAGGGGGAUGCUGGUCUUUCAUAUCCCAGCACUCGAAUCGUAUUACUGUUGGUUCUCUGUGUGAGACUAGGCUAUGGGUUAGUGGGGUGGGGUGGUUGGGUGAGUGGGGAAGUGCUUCUCGAUGUUUCCAUCACUGUUAUAAUCUGGAAUUGGAGGAGGAGGCCAAGCAGUUAGUGUGGACAGGUUUUGGAUUCCCAGCAGGGCAGAGAUCAUCUCUUUCUCAGUCCAGACAACUUGACCUCGUAAACUCUCCGAGACCCAGUCACCCAUGGCAGCUUCUGAUUUAGUAUGGCCUCCGGUACCUCUCUUUAGGAAAACACUAAGUGUUUGGGGUACAGCCACUUUGGGGUAAGGAAGGGUGUCCUCUCAGUCUGGAGAGCUGUGACACUACCCCCGGUCCAAUUGUCAUUGCCCUGUGAAUCACUUGCCCCCUGUUGAGGGCUGGUUGACAGGAUCUCUCUCCUGUCACAGGCUUUUAACUAGAUGGACCAUCUUCUACUAGUGGGAUAUCAGAAGGGAGGGAACAGUUCAAAGGCUGUGACCUCCCCUACCUCACUUUUCCGUGUCACCCAGACUUUUCUCUGGCCUUCUGAGCAACUACUCUUUGGACGGAGGAGCCACGUUGUCUCCUGGAGGGGAGGGAAAACAGGAAGGGCUGAGGGAGACACGGGAUCUGGGAGUCCAGCAUUAGAACUUGCCCAGGAGACCCACACUCAAAUUUUCAGGUUGGCUGGGGUCACCUGUGAUGAUGAACUGCUGGGAAAUGAGGAUUUUGUGGAAGAGGAGGUUGAAAGCAGAGGGAGGGGUGUGCCCAUGCCAGCUAGCCCUGGGGAACAGGGUCUCCCACAGGUAACUAUUUAUCACUAACCCACAGUGUUGGCUUGGGAUGGUCCAGAGUGGGGCAGGAGUCAGCGGUUACCACACGGACUUCCACACCCCACCCUCCACCUGAUCCCAAAUCCCACUGGUGUGCUACGAUUCCUACAGGAGUGAGUUUCUGGGGUCUACAAGCAUCUGAUCCAUGAGGUGUUUCAGUAAAUGGAUUCUGAGGCUCCCAAGAUGGCAGAGCCUGAGGAUAACUUGUCCCACCCAACCUCUCCAUUGCCCACCUGACAAGGAAAUUCAGUACCCAGCAGAUCAGAAACUGGGCCUAGAUUGGGCAUGUGUGGUUUGCAAAACUGCUGUCAUCGAUUCCUCCCCUGAAUUAGCUGUGAUCAUCCCACCUGUGAUGUUAUGAUGGACUGGAUGCUAUUGUAAGUGAGUGAACAAAGUUAUAAAAGUUUUAUUUUAAAUGUU